AUGGGCGUCGGGCAGAAGUCUCACAUCGUGUACCUAUUCGAUUUCGGUUUGGCGAAGCUAUACGCCGACCCAUCACACAUACCGUACCGUGAUGAAUCAUUGGGAAACGUCCUGUUAUAUCUCCUGCAUGGCUGUCUGCCGUGGCAAGGCAGAUACGCACCGAGCAAAGGAGCCAAACUACUCCGAAUGCUGAAGACGAAAGCCGGUUCAGCACUCCGUGACCUGCUCGCGCGCUCUCCCGUGGAAUUCACGACGUACUUCGAUCAUUGUCAUGGCUUGGAGUUUAAAGAAAAGCCGGACUAUACAUUGUUAAUACAUUCAUCCAGAUAG